ACAUGCGUCUUGUCUUGACAUUAAGUCUUCGUCAAAACACGCACGCUACUGCUUAACAAUAGAAAUUUUUUCUUUCAUUUGUUCUCUUCGACGUUUUGCGGACGUUAACGGCGCGAUCACGUUCUUUGCAUUUUACGAACAAAAGACGGAUUUGAAAAUAUUGAAAAAUUAAAAAAAAAAAGAAAGUUAUACGCGAAUCUCUUCGUGAUUAUUUACAAUAGUGCAUAGUUACGCACGCAGCCGAUUUUGCAAGACGCAUUUGUACACAGAGAAAUUUUACUUCGACAAUUUUAAGUGAUUUUAACCGGGCGAUCUGUCGCGCAGAUAUCGAGAAUCUUAUACGUGUAUACACGACUAUUUAUUUAUUUAAUUUUUUUUUUUUUAAUUAUUAUUUUUACGGUUAUUAUUAUUACGGCUGCGGUUUUAACGUCAUCAUGCGCGAUCUUUUACAUUCGAUCAGCCAUCAAUUGACUGGAACGGAAGGGGAGGACUUUAUACGGAGAAUAGAUACGCAGGCAUUUCGGGAGCGUACGAAGCGAGAUGCACAGGCCGAACUACAGCGCGAACUCGAGAAGCUGCAAGCAACCGCUUGCGGGAAUAAGAAAGAGUUGGUAGAACAGCAGUUCGCUGGUUUCAAGCAUCUAUUCGAGCGAUUCCUGCAGGAAGAAGGUCCGUCACUAGAAUGGGAUCAUAUUCAAAAAUUACCCGAAGAUGCGGUCAAGGACUAUAAUUCUUUGCCAUCACCGGAAACCAAUGAAAUAAAAGCAUUGUUGGAUAAAUUAAUUGUGGUUAAAUUGAACGGCGGUCUUGGAACAAGUAUGGGAUGUCACGGACCGAAAUCUGUUAUCGCCGUGCGAAAUGGACUAACUUUUCUAGAUCUUACAGUUCAACAGAUCGAGCAUUUGAAUAAAACGUAUAACGUUAAUGUGCCACUUGUACUGAUGGAUUCGUUCAACACGGACGACGACACGCAACGUAUAAUUAGGAAAUACAAAGGAAUCGAUAUAGAUAUUUACACUUUUAAUCAGAGCUGUUAUCCACGUAUAAAUAGAGACUCUCUUCUUCCAAUCGCUAAACAUUGUCAAAUUGACGAGGACAUGGAAGCGUGGUAUCCGCCCGGUCACGGAGACUUCUAUGAAAGUUUCCAGAAUUCUGGUUUACUUAAAAAAUUUAUUCGAGAGGGUCGUGAAUAUUGCUUUAUUUCUAACAUAGAUAAUCUUGGUGCUACAGUAGAUAUAAAAAUCUUAAAAUUGUUGUUGAGUCAAAAGUCAGAACCACCUCUUGAAUUUGUAAUGGAAGUAACCAACAAAACGCGAGCUGAUGUCAAGGGUGGCACGCUUAUAAAAUAUGAAGAUAAACUUCGUCUACUUGAGAUAGCUCAAGUUCCCAAAGAUCAUGUUGAUGAUUUUAAAUCUGUCAAAACAUUUAAAUACUUCAAUACGAAUAAUCUCUGGAUUAAACUCAGUGCUGUCGAAAGGAUACUUCAGGAAAAUAAAUUGCAUAUGGAGAUAAUUGUGAACAACAAAACCUUCCCGAACGGAUUAAAUGUAAUACAGCUUGAAACAGCUGUAGGAGCUGCUAUGAAAUCAUUUGAAGGAAGUAUUGGUAUAAAUGUACCACGCAGUAGAUUCUUACCUGUGAAAAAGACAUCGGACCUGAUGCUUGUAAUGAGUAACUUGUACACGCUACGUAACGGGUCUCUCAUAAUGAGCCCUCAAAGAAUGUUUCCCACAACUCCUCUUAUUAAAUUAGGAGACAAUCAUUUUUCAAAAGUGAAAGAGUUCUUGGCUAGAUUUCCAACAAUACCAGAUCUUCUUGAGUUGGAUCAUUUGACGGUGUCUGGCGAUGUCACUUUUGGAAGAGGAGUAACUUUAAAAGGCACUGUUAUUAUAAUCGCCAAUCAUGGAGAACGCAUAGAUCUACCUUCUGGAACUGUCUUAGAAAACAAAAUUGUUUCGGGCAAUCUACGUAUAUUAGAUCAUUAAUCGGAAAGCUUACAUAAAGGAUAUUGUCUUGCAGCGUUUGCAUAUACACAUAAAUAUUUUACAGCGCAUGAUUAUGUUUUCGUGGAUCAUGUUUUAAUUGAAUCAACUAGUCAAGAAAUCAAUUGUAUAUUUACAAUUUGUUUUACGUGGUUAUAUUUUAAAAAAGAAGCGCAAAAUAUAUUUCUAUGAAAUUAUCGUAUUGAAUGUUGUACAUAAAGAAUUUUAAUGCAUUCAUCAAGUAUCACAUAUACAAAGAGCAUCAUCAAUAUACAGAGAAAAAUUAUGAAAUAUGUAAAACAUAUUAUAUUGUUAUGUACAAGAUUGAGAAACGCUUUUUAUGAGAGGCAUAUAUAAUUGUAUUAUACUAAAUAAAUUAUAUUAUAUUA